AGAUCCGACGCAUCAAAGUUUGAUCUCAGCUCGGCUUGUAAGCUGUUAUCUCGUCUUACUCUGUAAAAAAAAAAACCCAUCACAUCCAGAGAGGACUAACACUGAUGUUAACAGCGUUCUGAGCACAACCACCAGAGACUGAGACACCCAGAGAGAGAGGCGAGAUGGAAAAACCCGUCUUACAGACUCAACCGUCCACCCUGCCUUUUUUCGACACUGCUCACGCCUUCAACCUGCUGCGGGGAAUCCAUGAGCUUCGUGCCGAACGGAAGUUUUUCGAUGUGACUUUGUGCGCCGAGGGCCGCGAGUUCCACUGUCACCGCACCGUGUUGGCCGCCGCCAGCACCUACUUCCGGGCCAUGUUCGCCGGGACGCUGAGGGAGAGUGUUAUGGACCGUGUAGUUCUUCAUGAGGUGUCAGCUGAGCUUUUAGGCCUGCUGGUGGACUUCUGCUACACAGGACGAGUCACCGUCACUCAGGAUAACGUGGACCUCCUGCUGAAGACGGCCGAUCUGUUUCAGUUCCCGUCUGUCAAAGAGGCCUGCUGCGCUUUCCUGGAGCAGCGACUGGAUGUUUCCAACUGCUUAGAGAUCCAGGACUUUGCGGAGGCCUUCGCUUGCAGAGAGCUGGCGGUCAGCGCGCGACGCUUUGUCCUCAAAAACAUAAUGGAGCUGGCUAAAGGGAUGGACUUUGAGCGGUUGCCGUGGAAACGCCUCCUUGAGUUUGUGUCAGAUGAUGAGCUUAGCGUGGACAAAGAGGAGACGGUUUAUCAAAUUGCGGUGCUCUGGGUGAAGGCCGACUUCCAGCGGAGACUGCACUACUGGCCCGAGCUCCUCCAGCAGAUCCGCCUCCCGUUCGUCAGGAGGUUCUUCCUGUUGGCUCAUGUGGAGAGCGACCCACUGGUCUACCUGUCACCCACCUGCCUCCGCAUGGUGAACGAAGCCCGCAGCUUCCAGUCCUGUGAGUACGACCGACACGACAGGCCGUGCCACCGCAUGCGGCCGCGGCCAUCGACAGGACUGGCAGAGAUCCUGGUGGUGGUGGGAGGCUGCGACCAGGACUGUGAUGAGCUGGUGACUGUGGACUGUUACAACCCGCAGACCGGACAGUGGCGCUAUCUGGCCGAGUUCCCCGACCACCUCGGAGGAGGUUACAGCAUAGCUGCCCUCGGAAGUGACAUGUAUGUCACAGGCGGCUCUGAUGGCUCUCGCCUCUACGACUGCGUGUGGCGUUACAAGUCCAGCGUGAACGAGUGGACGGAGGUGGCGCCCAUGCUGAAGCCUCGUGAGUACCACAGCUCCUGCGUGCUGAAGGGUCAGCUCUACGUGGUGGCGUCGGACAGCACCGAGCGCUAUGACCACGCGCUGGACUGCUGGGAGGCCUUGCCGCCGUUGCCGCACCCCAUGGACAACUGCUCCACCACGACGUGUGGCGGACGCAUGUACGCUAUCGGCUGUCUGACCGGGGAUGACGCUAUGGCCAUCCAGAGCUACGACGCAGACACCAACCGCUGGUCCAUGGUCAACUGUGGACAGAUCCCCCCGUGGUCAUUCACACCCAAAACUAUGACCCUCAACAAACUGAUCUACUUUGUGAGGGAUGAUUCAGCUGAGGUGGACGUUUAUAAUCCUCAAAAGAACGAGUGGGGCAAAAUUAGUCCGAUGAACCAGGUUCAUGUUGGAGGCAGCGUGGCAGCCCUGGGUGGUAAAUUAUACGUGUCUGGCGGUUAUGACAACACAUUUGAGCUGUCUGACGUGGUGGAGGCGUACGACCCGGAGACCCGAACCUGGACUGCUGCUGGACGACUACCUCAGCCCACCUUCUGGCACGGCAGCGUCAGCAUAUUUCGUCAGUUCAUGCCUCAGGUGUCCAGUGCGUUUGAACCUACUGACAUACCCGAGUCCAACGCCAUUAACCUGCACCGGCACCAGCGUCACCAGGAGCUCCACAAUCUCAACAACAAUCUGAACCAGAACCAGAACCAGGACGUGAACCCGGCGCACUGAGUUUGGACCCUGUCAC